AUGGCAGUGUCUGUAGGCCUGCAGCCUUCCGCUGCCGUGAAAACCCUACGGAAGCAGUGGCUAGAAGUGUUGGGUGCCUACCAAUAUGUGCUCACUUUCCUCUUCAUGGGCCCUUUCUUUUCCCUUCUUCUCUUCUUUCUCCUCUUCACGUCACUCUGGUUGUUCUCUGUUCUCUACUUGGUGUGGCUCUACCUGGACUGGGACACACCCAGCCAAGGUGGAAGGCGUUCUCAAUGGAUGCGAAAGCUGAUGAUGUGGAAACACCUAAGGGAUUAUUACCCUGUCAAGCUGGUGAAAACAAGAGAGCUGCCCCCAGACCGGAAUUAUGUGCUCGGCGCUCACCCACAUGGGAUCAUGUGCCCUGGAAUCUUCUGUAAUUUCUCCACCGAGGGCAAUGACUUCUCCCAGCACUUCCCCGGGCUUCAGCCCUGGUUAACUGCGCUGGCUAACCUCUUCUACUUCCCGGUCUACCGAGAAUACCUCAUGUCCAAUGGAGUGCGUCCCGUGAGCCGCCAGAGCCUGGACUUUAUCCUGUCACAGCCCCAGCUUGGGCAGACCGUGGUCAUUAUGGUUGGGGGUGCCCAUGAGGCCCUGUAUGCCAUCCCAGGGGAGCACUGCCUGAUGCUCCGGAAGCGCAAAGGCUUUGUGCGCCUGGCGCUGAGGCACGGGGCCUCCCUGGUGCCCGUGUACUCGUUUGGGGAGAAUGAUGUCUUCAGAUCCAAGGCUUUUGCCACUGACUCUUGGCAGCAUUGGUGCCAGGUCUCCUUCAAGAAGCUCAUGGGCUUUUCCCCUUGCAUCUUCUGGGGCCGCAGUCUGUUCUCGGCCAGCUCCUGGGGCCUGCUGCCCUUUGCCAUGCCCAUCACCAGUGUAGUGGGCCGCCCCAUCCCUCUGCCCCAGUGCCUCUACCCCACUGAGGAGGAAGUCGACCACUAUCACAUGCUCUACAUGGAGGCUCUGGAGGAGCUGUUUGAGGAACACAAGGAAAGCUGUGGCGUUCCUGCUUCCACCCGCCUCACCUUCAUCUAG